AUGAACCCCUCCGCACCUCCGGAUAUGUCAGGGAUGGACGUCUUGGGUUUGAACCUCUCAAACCCAGGCCCUUACUCGAAAGCGUCUCACGCUCACCCCUAUGCCUCAUCCAUUUCUUCCUCCGCCUCAUCCUCAUCCUCGUCUGUCUUCUCCCUCGACGCUGCCUCGCAGAGCUCGAUCUCGUCCGCUGUGACGAACCCCGUCGAUGUGAUUUGGGAGAACAACGGGGAUGCUCAGGUCGGAAGGAAUCAGAAUGGGACAUGCCCCCGUGCCUCGGUAAAAUGUGCUGUCCCCAAGCUAGAUGGCUCGGUGCCGCCCGAGCUGCGUCAGCAUCCUCGGCGCACCAACAGUUUUGCGGCCAGUGGUGCCAGUGGUGCCAGCGCGCGCCCUCCGCCCUGUCUGCUCCGGCAGUCGGAGCGGAAGGUGAAUUUUGUCGAUAACUUGGUCGACACUGCGUCGCAAAUUGUUGAAGGCAUUUGGCCCUUGUCUGCCGCUGCGUCCCGUAGCCAUGCUGCGACCGGCUCAAAAGGUGUUUUGCCACUGCGCACCUUCAUUCAGGAAACGCUCCGCCGCUCGCGAACGAGCUAUAGCACUUUGCAGGUGGCUUUGUAUUAUUUGAUCAAGAUCAAACCGCAUGUGCCCGUGUAUGACUUCACGAAAGAGCAGCCGCGCGAACAGCCGGCUCCGCGGGAGAUGCAGUGUGGCCGGCGGAUGUUCUUGGCCUCGUUGAUUCUGGCCUCCAAGUAUUUGCAAGACCGCAACUACUCCGCUCGCGCCUGGAGCAAAAUCUCCGGCCUCAACACCGUGGAGAUCAACCACAAUGAGAUCCUGUUUCUGAAGGCGGUCGGCUGGCGGCUCCAUAUCUCCGAAGUGACUUUCCAACGCUGGACUGAGCUCGUGUUGAAGAUGACCUCCGGUGCCGGUAGCUCUUCGGCGGGCAACGGUCAAUGCUGGCGGACGGUCCUGCCUCGGCUGACUCCGGAAUUGGAUAUUGCAGAGCCCGAGCCGACCACCCCAGUUUCGGCGAUGAGUGGGAUGGAUCUGGGUCUGGCGGACUCGCCCUCGCCGCGUAGUGUGCCGAGCAGCGAGUCGUAUCCCUCGGACGCUGGAGCCGACCCCCGCAUGGAGAAUGUCAGCCUGCCGAUGCCGGCGAUUCCGCGCCCGUCGAUGCUCCCGACACCCCAGAUGACCCCCCAGGCGCAUGUGGCCGUCACUCCUGCAGCGAGUGCGGCUGGCGGCUGUGCCCGGCGUCCAUCUAUCGGGACGGCUCUGUCCCAGGCGCAGAACAUGUGCAUGGCGCGAUCGACACUCGAUCAGCGCCCGCCUCUUUCGUUCUGCACCCGGACUCAGUCGUACGAUGGCUACCCGACCGUCGUUCGCCGGUCCUCUCUGGCCCGCUCGUCCUCGUCAGCGUCGUCUCCCGACUCCAUGGUCUCAGACGUCUCGACUUUGUCAUCGCGUUCAUCGCGGUCCUCCUCGGUCUCCUCCAAUGCCUCUGGUGCGGGCGGCUCUGCCGCGCCUCGCCUGGCCGUCAAGGCAACCUUGCGCUGCACCAGUAACUCCAUCAAGGAGUGCCGCAAGCCCUUGGCGAUUGGUUCUCCGAUCGACGAGAGUGCUCUGGUGGACAUGUAUAGCUCCCCCGAAGCGUACACCGGCGCGAUGGGCUCCUCUGCACCAGAUCUGGCCCAGUUCUCGUUGGAUCCCAACCUGAACGAAGCGGCCCAGAGCCUGUGCGAGCUGUCGGGCGCGACUCCGGAACGCCGCCAGUGCCGGAAGCGCGGUCGCACCGGAUCCGACGAUCUCUUGCUCCAAAACCACGUUCGCCACCUGUUUGAUCUCGGUGCCUCGGGAGAACCUAAUGUCCUCCCUGAUGGACUUCCGCCAAGCUCGUUCCUGGUGCGGGAAUCUGCCUCCAUCUCUCCGGAGCGCGUGGGUGCAGUCUCCGGCCCAGCUGGCACGAAACGUGCUUGCUGCGGCAGCGAGGCUCGUAAGAUCGCUCUUAACCCGAGUCUACGCGCAGAUAUCCUGAAUUGA